CAUGUUAAUUAUUCCUCUGACAAGUCAUGGGACUAAUUGAAAUCAGAACAGAAGUGACAGUCAUGAUUCAGAUGCCCACAGUUCAGAGAGGAAGAUAGUCCAGCAAAUCAAACAUGAAAUGAAUCCAAUAAUUUUCUGUUACCAGAAGUUUCUGUACUGCUGUGUGAACGAUGCCAUCAUAAAUAUUGCAACUGAAGAAGACUGACGUUUUGAACUUCAAAGAUUUUUCUGUUAGAAACAGAACUAAAAGUGGAAAAUGUGUCUACAAGGAGACGAAGCUGAUUCUAAGGAGAAAUAUGAUAAAGAGAAACUAUUAGCUUUAGAAACAUCAACCAGUACUUCUGAAUCAAAAUUGAUACAAAAUAGAUUGCUUCAAAAACUUUGGUGGUCAGAUGAAAAUCUUGCUUAUUUACUUGAAGAUGGAUUGCAGAGUAAAGGUCUGAGCCAUCCAGAAGAAAAUAUCCAAUCACAUGAUGAAGGAUGGGGAAGUUGCAUUGUGCAGUCAUUAGAGGAAAUAAAAAUGCAUAAACCAAAAGAAUUUAACUUCAGUGGCAUAAGAACAGAAAGAAGUCAUGGAAUGUGGAUGGUAAUUAAAGAGGAACAGCAAGAAACACACAUGAGAACAUCACCUUUCAGUGUUGCUGAAGUUGGUGGAGAUGAAGAAAGAGGAGUUCGCAGUGGAUUACUCGGUGAUGAAAAAAAGGGUUGCUUUAAGUGGACGGAAAUGGAUGAAUCUGAUGGCUGUUUCAUGGUCUGUAACAAGGAAACACCAAAGGAGACAGAUUCAAAGCAGAUCUUUGGAUGUGAACUCAGCAGCAUGUCAGCUGAUAACCUUGAUUCGACUCAGUCACCAUCACCAUUUUCCUUAUUGCUUUCAACAUCACCAUUGCCAAAGUCGCAGGAAUUCAUCUAUGACAAUCCUUUGUUACCACCCCUAUUGCCAGAGCGGGCAGCAUUUUUGUCAUGGCCUCCAAAUGUCUUGUCUAGUGUACAGCUAUGCUGUCAAACUUGUGGCUUUCCGUCAGUUUCAUGUGGUCUAACCGAACUACCACCUUGUCUGUACUUUUUAAGUGAUUCUGGCAAGAAUACUGCCUGUGGUAGUGCAUGCCUGCCCGAGUGUCUGGUUGAUCAUAAAUAUGAAAAGAGGCAACAAGCAUUCAAAAUGAGUUCCGGCAAGACAAUACUGGUGACGGGAGGUGCAGGAUACAUUGGUAGCCAUUCUGUCAUUGAGUUGAUUGACGCUGGCUAUGAUAUUGUUGUCAUUGACAACCUCGUCAAUGCCAGCAUGGAAAGUGUUCGUCGCGUGGAGAAGAUUGUUGGGAAGCAGAUACCAUCUUACAAUGUUGACCUUCUCAACAAGCCAGCCCUGGAAGAAAUUUUCAAAAAGCACAAAAUUUCAGCAGUGAUACACUUCGCUGGUCUGAAAGCUGUGGGUGAAUCUUGCGAACUUCCUCUUCUUUAUUACAAGACAAAUGUUGGAGGCACAACAAACCUUCUAGAGGUGAUGGAGGCCAAUGGAGUUUUUAACUUGGUCUUCUCAAGUUCUGCAACAGUGUAUGGCACACCUCAGUUCCUUCCCUUGACUGAAGACCAUCCAGUGGGCAGUUGCACCAAUCCUUACGGCAAAUCCAAGUAUAUGAUUGAACAGAUCCUGCAGGACAUUAGUUCUUCAAACAAAAAGUGGAACAUAGUGAUUCUGCGGUAUUUUAACCCUGUCGGGUCUCACAAGUCUGGCACUAUUGGAGAGGAUCCUCAAGGGAUACCCAACAAUUUAAUGCCCUACAUUGCCCAGGUGGCUGUUGGACGCAGGGAGUUCCUCAGUGUUUAUGGAAGUGACUAUGACACACCUGAUGGAACAGGAGUGCGAGACUACAUUCACGUGGUAGAUUUGGCACAAGGUCAUGUGGCUGCAGUCCGUAAACUGGAUGAGCAGUGUGGUCUAAAGAUUUACAAUCUUGGAACAGGUCAGGGUUACUCAGUAUUAGAUAUGGUAAAGGCAUUUGAAAAAGCAUCAGGCAAAAAGAUUGCCUAUAAAUUAGUGGACAGACGUCCAGGGGACGUUGCAUCCUGUUUUAGUGACCCAGCUUUAGCUGCUAAAGAGCUGGGCUGGACAGCGAAAAAAGGGCUGGAUGAAAUGUGUGAAGAUUUGUGGCGAUGGCAGUCACAAAACCCUCAGGGAUUUAAAACAGUAAAAAAUUGACAUACACCUUAAUGCUUAAUGUUGUGUUUUACUGUCACACAAAAAUGUUUGUGCACAUAUCCCCUGCUUAAAAACUACGAUGCUGUGGCUGUAACUGGACAAUCAUUUGGAAAAAAAGAAAAGAAAUCGUUGUACUUUCUUUGCUAUUAACGAUGGUAAAAAAGUUUUUGACAUCUAACAAUAUCUGACAAGUGUGAAGUUAAAGCAGCUCUACACUGGCUCAUUGAUUGCAGAUGGGCAUAGUUUGGUGAGAACUAAAGUGAUAAAUUUAUGCUAUGUAGAACUGAUUCAUCAGAAUUAAGUGAGGCAGUUUGGUUUAUCCUUUAUUACUAUAACAUCACUUGAAAUUUGUACUUUGUUGUGAUACAUGGCAAUAUGUGAUUCGUCUUUAUUAUGAAGCAGCUAUAAAUGAGGCAUGUCGUUAGUCUUGUCACCCGAAGACAGGUUUCUGGAAGUGACACUGUAAUGUGAAUGUUGUUUAGUGACAUCUGAAUAACUAUGCAAUACAUGUAGAUUUUAUUUUUUGUUACAGCUUAGUUCAGGUAUCAGCUUAGUUCUGCCAUCAUACCAACAUUCCAUGAGUUGUUUUUUUAAGUAAACUAAUUGCUAAGGAUGCAAGAUAAUUUAUAGUUUAGUUUUCUAGUUCCCAAUAUGAUGACAUCAGAAUGAAAAAUUACAGUAGUUGAGUAAUAUAAAUAGAAAGAGAGAGGCACAGUCCAAUAUUUUGUGCCUGUUUUGGGGUUAGAGUCCCAGUCUGGCAUGAUAUUCUCUGUGCAAACACAGAAGAACUUCAGGCUAGCAAUAUCUUAGAUGAAAACCUGGAAAAUUUCUCCAGUAUUUGCAAAUGCCUAUUACUAAUUAAAUUUUGUAGAUGAUUGUUUUAGAUUAUUUCAGUGAAACUCUAAUCAUCAUUAGUUUAAAAAAUAAUGCUUGCACAUAACAGUUAUGAAAACUAAUGUGCUCAUUUGAGCGAUCACUUCUUAGAAAUUACCUUGUCAUUUUAAUGAACAAGGAAAGUGUUAUGAAAAUUAAGCUUGCUUCAGUAGUAGAUUUUCCAUCAUCAUCUAAAGAUUUUUGUAUCUGAUUAAAUUGUCAGAUAUAUCAUUCUUUUUUUGUAGCAGACAUAUGAGCUGCCUUAUAACUCAUCAUGUUCUUCAUGCAGGCUAUCUUUCAAUAACUAUGCUAUUUAAACAGAACUAUAUUUUUCAAACGUUUUAAGUUACUUCCAGUUCUUGUUAAGAUAGCUGUUAACCUGAAAUUCAUUGAAAGAGUAUUAUGCACAGUAUUACUGAUGCAGGACUUUCAUUUCUCCACCUUUUAGUAGAUUUCUGCCUUUGGAAAAUAGUUUUACCAUAUUUUUUUUUCUCCCUGAAGAUACAAAAAAAUGAAGUGAUGUCAUACGAGGGUCUGUAAACCAUUUGAAGUUUUACCAACUGAGUGAGCGUGUUCUAUCUCUUUUCUCAUUCUUUUUAUCAUCCCAGGUGAGAUCAAAAGGCCACUAAACAGAGAAAAAGUUUAGAGAGUUAACAGGUGGAAGAGGGUUUGCUGGUGUUAAUUGGGCUAGGGGUGGAGUGGGGGUUAAAGAAAGAACAGGAGGAACUGAGAGCAAUAAUGAACGCAAUGCAAGUUGUUUUUAAUCAAAGAUAAUGUGAUAAAGUUUAAGAAUGUUUUUGUGAGAGCAAUCAAAUGUAAUCUGAUUUGUAAAAGAACAGCAGACAAUAUCUGCAAGUCUACAACAUGAUAGAAUGUCAUAAAUACAACACUGGCUGAGACAUAAUAUAUCAGCAGCUCAUUGGAGCUCAAUGAAAGUAAAACCACUUAAGAGUGAAUUUCAGAAGAGAAGAUUGAGACUGUAUGAUCAAAAUGCUGGCGAUUUUCUUUAGAUUUCAAGUUAAGACUGCUUGUGGAGAUAGUGGUAGUAAGGAAGGAAGAUAUCAUUUUGAUAAUAAGAACUUUUUUUUUAUGAUUCUGUGUCCUGUUUGUGACUGGGUGAUUUUAUGCUGAUGUUAAAUUGGCUAAACUUUAUGUCUGACUAGUUUAGAAGAAUUUUUGAUUGUAAAGUUUUAUGCCAUUAAGAAAAUGAAGCUUACCUAUCUUGGAUUUAAAAGUGGCUUUCUUUAUAUGUAGGAGACUCAGAAGUAUGGAGUGUUGAACGUGACUGAUCUCCAGAAGCUCUUUAAUGACUGCUUUAUUUCAUGACUAUUUUAUCAAUGCAACAUUAUGUUGUAUUAUAUUUUAAUGCUAUUUUUGUCUACACAGGAGAAAACAUAGGCAGCAUGUUUUAGACAUUUCAAAAACACAAAAGGCCACCUUCAUAAUGCCUACCUUUUCAUUCAUAGCUUGUUAUAAAGUCUUUCCAGUGAGACAUACCAUCAUUUCAUGUCACAAAUAAGUAUUAGUUUUAUCUUUUGUUAUAAUUCAUGACUGAUUGCCAUGUCAAAGUGUGUUAAACAAUAAAUAAUUUUGGUUUCUGGGAAGUGUGCAUCACUGAGAUGGUGUUAAUGUUUAUGAGGGUCAAAGUAGAUUAGUAUGGUUGUACUACAUGUAUCUAAUAUUUAAAAUAUUGGGUGUUUCAGACAUCUUUUAUAAGGAUGAAAUUUUGUAUGGAUUGGGUACCUCCUAUAUUUUUUAUAUCUUCUUGCUGGUCCAAUAAAUCCAGUUCUUCUGGUUUUAAAGCCCUA